AUGGAAAGGUUGGGCUCCGGCCUCGUCAGGGGCCCUGUCAGCAGAUGGGAGGCAGAGAUGCAGAUGGGAGGUGAAAAAGCUCCCAAGUGGCAGCCAGUCAGUCUCUGUCACCCGGGCAGGGCCUUGCUCCGCUCCCCUCUGAUCUACUCUCCUCAGGUCCGCUCCCCUCUUAUCUACGCUCCUCAGGUCCGCUCCCCUCUGAUCUACUCUCCUCAGGUCCGCUCCCCUCUGAUCUACUCUCCUCAGGUCCGCUCCCCUCUGAUCUACUCUCCUCAGGUCCGCUCCCCUCUGAUCUACUCUCCUCAGGUCCGCUCCCCUCUGAUCUACUCUCCUCAGGUCCGCUCCCCUCUGAUCUACUCUCCUCAGGUCCGCUCCCCUCUGAUCUACUCUCCUCAGGUCCGCUCCCCUCUGAUCUACUCUCCUCAGGUCCGCUCCCCUCUGAUCUACUCUCCUCAGGUCCGCUCCCCUCUUAUCUACUCUCCUCAGGUCCGCUCCCCUCUUAUCUACGCUCCUCAGGUCCGCUCCCCUCUGAUCUACUCUCCUCAGGUCUGCUCCCUUCUGAUCUACUCUCCUCAGGUCCGCUCCCCUCUGAUCUACUCUCCUCAGGUCCGCUCCCCUCUGAUCUACUCUCCUCAGGUCCGCUCCCCUCUGAUCUACUCUCCUCAGGUCCGCUCCCCUCUUAUCUACUCUCCUCAGGUCCGCUCCCCUCUUAUCUACUCUCCUCAGGUCCGCUCCCCUCUUAUCUACUCUCCUCAGGUCCGUUCCCCUCUUAUCUACGCUCCUCAGGUCCGCAAAGUGCUCCUAAUGAUGGAUGGACAAAGCCAGGAACUGGAUGUGAGAAUGGAUGAGGGCAAAGUGGGUAUGUAA